CAGCUGGGGCUACAGGGAGACCCUGUCUCAAAAAGACCAAACAAAAUAAAAAAAUAAAAAAUUUUUUAAAUUAAAGAAAAAAAAACUAUGUUGAGCUAGAGCUAAAUAAAGCGUCUAUCUGUAAUGAGAGCAGGGGUGAGAGGAGAUACAGGGGAUUGCUCGUGUUUGCUGAAUCAGAAAAAAGUACGUACACUGAUGGACAGAAGUCACAAACGGAAAAUAGAGGAGCAGGUUGGAUGUAGUGAAAAGAAGGUGGAAAAUACCAAGAUUGGGAUAAAUCUGGAGUUACAGUUUAACAUAGGCUAGAACUUAAAAAAAAAAAAAAACGCGAACCCUCCAACUAAUAUUUUUCUUUUCUCUGUCUCCCCCCAUCUCCAAGUUAAAUAAUGGCAGAGACAAGUCUGUUAGAGGCUGGAGCCUCUGCAGCCUCCACAGCUGCUGCUCUGGAGAACCUACAGGUGGAGGCGAGCUGCUCUGUGUGCCUGGAGUAUCUGAAGGAGCCUGUUAUCAUUGAGUGUGGGCACAACUUCUGCAAAGCUUGCAUCACCCGCUGGUGGGAGGACCUAGAGCGGGACUUCCCUUGUCCGGUCUGUCGGAAGACAUCACGAUACCGCAGUCUCCGGCCUAAUCGGCAACUAGGCAGUAUGGUGGAAAUCGCCAAGCAGCUCCAGGCAGUCAAGCGGAAGAUCAGGGAUGAGAGCCUCUGCUCCCAGCACCAUGAGGCCCUCAGCCUCUUCUGCUAUGAAGACCAGGAGGCUGUAUGUUUGAUAUGUGCAAUUUCACACACACACCGGGCCCAUACCGUUGUGCCACUGGAUGAUGCUACACAGGAAUACAAGGAAAAACUGCAGAAGUGCCUGGAGCCCUUAGAACAGAAGCUGCAGGAGAUCACCCGCUGCAAAGCCUCUGAAGAGAAGAAACCCGGGGAGCUCAAGAGACUAGUGGAGAGUCGGCGACGGCAAAUCUUGAAGGAGUUUGAAGAGCUGCACAGGCGGCUGGAUGAGGAGCAGCAGACACUGCUUUCUAGUCUGGAGGAGGAGGAGCAAGACAUUCUGCAGAGACUGCGGGAAAAUGCUGCUCACCUUGGGGACAAGCGCCGGGACCUGGCCCACUUAGCUGCUGAGGUGGAGGGCAAGUGCUUACAGUCGGGCUUCGAGAUGCUUAAGGAUGUGAAAAGUACCCUAGAAAAAUGUGAGAAGGUGAAGACCAUGGAGGUGACUUCAGUAUCUAUAGAGCUGGAAAAGAACUUCAGCAAUUUCCCCCGACAGUACUUUGCCCUAAGGAAAAUCCUUAAACAGCUAAUUGCGGAUGUGACCCUGGACCCUGAGACAGCUCAUCCUAACCUAGUCCUGUCAGAGGAUCGGAAGAGUGUCAAGUUUGUGGAGACGAGACUCCGAGACCUCCCUGACACGCCCCAGCGUUUCACCUUCUACCCUUGUGUCUUGGCUACUGAAGGCUUCACCUCAGGUCGACACUACUGGGAGGUGGAAGUGGGCGACAAGACCCACUGGGCAGUGGGAGUGUGCCGGGACUCUGUGAGCCGAAAAGGCGAGCUGACUCCUCUACCCGAGACUGGCUACUGGCGGGUGCGGCUGUGGAACGGGGACAAGUACGCUGCUACCACCACACCUUUCACCCCUUUGCACAUCAAGGUGAAACCCAAGCGGGUGGGCAUAUUCCUCGACUAUGAGGCUGGCACGCUGUCAUUUUACAACGUCACAGACCGCUCGCACAUCUACACGUUCACUGAUACCUUUACUGAGAAACUUUGGCCCCUCUUCUACCCCGGUAUCCGGGCGGGUCGGAAGAAUGCCGCACCACUUACUAUCAGGCCCCCAACAGAUUGGGAAUGACAGGGAUGCGGCGGCACUGGGGUGAGGCAGGGUCUAGAGCGAUGGGCCUUCCUUACUGCGGCUGCUGGAAUGUCUUGGUGUCUGCCUGGUUCCAGUCCGGAGCCAUCUUGAGAAACCGUCUGGUCUCUGGGAUGGUCUGUGUGGAGGAGCAGAGGUAGAACUGGGCUGCACAACAGCACAGAUGAGUCUCCUCGCUGUGGGGGGAGAGCAGGUUCCCAGGGGGCUGGAGUCUCUGGUGUCCGUCAGGUUUGCUAUUCCACAGGGACAGGCUGGGAAGGAAAGAAGGGCUUUUCCAGAAACAAGUCUAGGAGAGGGUCUAGCUUGCUCAGAGUGCAGGGGAGACAGAAACCUUUCAGGGCUUCUAUGACUCAGAAUUGUCUGUUCCUUGAGGGAGGUUGUAGGGAUCUGUGUACCCCUGUUGAAGAGAUGAGAGAGCUAGAUGUUGAGGGGCUUUUCCAAGGGCAGAGAUGGGGGGUCAGACUAGAAGGACUAUCAGGGAGAGGGCUAAAGGAGCACAUGUCUAGAAACUAAUGAAGGGAAGUUUCUUUGGUCUAGUCCCAGGGGAUAGGAUCAGCCAGAGGUUGCAGUGUGGGGAGAAGGAAGAGGUGGGAGGGAAAGAACCCUGGUCCCUCUUGGCCUUCAGCAAAACUAGGUUAUUCCACUUGGCUGUCGUCAGAAGUUGCUCACCUUGCGCCUCUCCAGAGGUGAGAUUGAAACCAUCCUGGGAGACACAUCUGCCCUUCGGCUGUUUCCCAGGGGAACUUGGAGAGGAGUCAGGGUUAGAGGAGAGAAAGGUGCAUCUAUCCAAAGCCCUGGCCUUAAAGAACGUCACUCCGUAACUGCUCGCAGGUUGCCAGCCUUGUUCCCUGGCUCAGGUUUGCAAGGAAGAAAGGUGACGGAGCCUUCCUCACCCCUGAGGACGAGGUGGAGAGGGUGGUGUGGACAGCAGAGGGCCAGGUAGACAGCUUAGCGUGUUGCCAUCCUUCACCCUUUGCCAUCCCCUUCUCAGAGAAUGUAAAUCAUUUUAAUGUUAGGCCAAAAUAAACAACCCAUAGGGUACAUACGUUGUCACAAAAGGUAAAGUGAUGCAUGCCAAAUCCAACUCAAACCACCCGGAUUGUUUGCUGCUUGAGUAACCUUCAGACUGAGACAAGAAACUGUUGAGGGCACUUCACUCCCUCCUCCACCUCAACAGAACUCUGUCUGCUCUCCUCUUACCUUUGUGCCUUGACUGUGGUUCUUUGUGGCAAGAUAAUUUGGUUGGUCAAAAUAUGGAGCAAAGGAUCCACUGA